CCACCACUGCAGUGGAGGUGGCAAGCAGUACUGAGGUCACCGCGGCGUGGAGUGAACGGCGCGACGGAUACGAUAAUGAAGCUGCUUUUGUUAAUAACCAGCAUAGUGGCGAUCGCUGCGCGUCCAGCCGUGGACGUGGAGAAGACAGUUCUACAAGUACAGAGCAUCCUGCAGGCCAACGCACAGCUGCCGCGCCUCACGAGGCAAGAGAUCCUGGAACUGCUCAACGACAUCAGGGCUGAAGACGCUAAGAGCACCUCCACUUCUAGUGAGCAAACUAGUACAGAAAAAUCUACGACAACAACUCCGAGUUCAAAAGAAAAUGAAAUAAGUCCUGCGCCAACAACUAUAACACCGGAUGUCAAAGACAAUCUUGUACCAGAUGAAAGGGAAAGCUAUGUGUCAGCUACAGGCCCGACUAAAACUACAGUCGAAAGUACAACCAAAGCCCAACCAACCCUAACUGUCGUAUUACCAUAUACGCCGAGAGACGGUUCGUCUUUACAGGAGCUAUACACCAGACCUCCCAGGACAGAAGUCGUAGCCCUCCCCAAAACGACUCCGAAACCUAACCCCAAAGAACUCAAAAAUAAAAAACUAGAGCAGACUUUGAAGAAUAAUCAUGAUUUGGCAUUGGAAAACAUACAAGAUUUUCCUGCUGAAUUACAAGCUUUCCUUGACUCCCAUGGAAUAAAAAGUAAUUCAGGGAAUGAUCAUUUCUUACUGCCUCUUGAUGGAUUCAAACCCUUGCCUCCAGCAAAAAUUGUAGAUGGAACAGUUCAACUUCCAGAGAAUAUAUUACUAACUUACGAUCUAAUAUCGCCCAGUACAGAUUUCAAUUCAUCAGCCGCCACCAGAAAUCAGGCUUUAAGCAAUUAUUUAUACGAACCACUGCGUCCAGAACCACUUUUUGAGUUAGAUACAUCUGAAUCUCAGCAAGUUGAUCUGCCCUUAGAUAUGCCAAAGAGUCGCAAAACGAAGUCUUCUAAUAGUGACCCGCUACCACUUCUCGAGCCCUAUGAUUACGAUUCAAUGAAGGUGAUACCGUUAGGACAAGGACCCAGCCCGGUCGAAGACACGAAGACUGUCCUCGGAAGUGAACAGAGUAAAAGACAGGCGAAUAGCACUGAAGAAGCAGAAGCCCCGACGACUGCUGCUACUGAUCUAAAAAACGAUUCAGGAGUGUCAGAUAACGCAGCGUCUUCAGCAGACACAGAUUCGGGUGCAUCGAUAUCUGACUUGGAAGAGUCGUUCGGCGGCGCUGCCCCUGAGAAGCCAGGGGACUCCGAACUCCCGCCGCCAAGAAAAAAUGGGUUCUACUGGAUGGUAGACUGGAACAGUUUCCUGGAGGUGGGCGACGGAGACACAAAAGUGAACAUUCGUUUCGAGCCGAAAUUGGGAGAUCCGCAAAUGUUCCUCCCCGUCAGCGUGCCGUGAUUAGUUCGCGAGUUACUAUACUGAGUUCUAGUCUGUGGUUUUAAUUAGCAAGGAUAUUAGUAGUAGUGGAGCGGGACGAUAUAAUUUAUAUUUCGACAUUAAAAAGUCGUUCUUAGAUAAUUACGACUUUGGAGUAGGUAUAUAGUGGGA